CGAAGAAAACGUGACUGUCUUCAAACAUCUCUCUGCGACUUCUCUCCCCAAGAAACCUCCAAUUGCAGCGUCAAUGGUUCCUCCACCAAAUCCCAGUAGUUCGUUUUAACGCAAUAGAGAAUCGAAAGGUUUUUUUUUUGCAUAACGCCUUUUAACGACGAAAUUGAAAGCUAGGAUUUUGAACUAAAAUCCUGGACUGAAUUCCAGCCACAUGGAGGAGAGGAACAGAGAAAAGAAAAUUUAAAUAUUGCAGUUUCUGCAUUUGGUUAUGUAAACAGGAGAAAUGUGAUUCCUCAUUUAAGCAUUACUUAACCGUGGGGUUAGCUAUAGAUGGCCAACAACCAAAGUUUGAUCCAAGCUGAGUUCUCCAUUCUAUAUUCUUUUUCCCUUCUAUUGUCUGGAAUGCAGGUUUUCACAUUUUGUUAUUGGUAAUGGACAUUCAGAGUUGCAUAGAGUUAACUGAAACCCUUCAUAUGCUUCCACCUCCACCUGGAAGUUUUGUAGACCGUGAAGAACUUAUCCAACAUGUUGGGGAGUUUGCUGUAUCCCAGGGAUAUGUCGUAACUAUCAAGCAGUCUAAGAAGGACAAAGUGGUAAUACUUGGCUGUGACAGAGGAGGUGUUUAUCGUAAUCGGCGUAAAACUGUUGAGGAGAUCGCUGGUGACCGUGUCCGCAAAAGAAAAACAGGUUCUCGCCUUACGAAUUGCCCUUUUGAAUGUGUGGGGAAAAAGGAGGAUGGCUUGUGGGUGCUUACCGUUAAAAAUGGUUCACACAACCAUGAAGCCAUGAGGGAUAUUUCGGAGCAUCCUUCUGCUCGUCGCUUCACAGAGACUGAAGUUCUGUUAAUUAAAGAGAUGACAGAUGCUGGUUUAAAACCACGCCAAAUUCUAAAGAGACUGAGACAAAGCAAUCCUGAGCUUUUAUCAACACCAAAGCAUGUUUACAACGUUAAAGCUAAGCUUCGACAAGGAAAUGUAACAGUGAGGAGAUUCAAGUCAUUGAGACCUCAGUCAUCUGCUGUGGGAGAUUCCCAAAUCUCAACCAGUACUGUGCCAUCUUGGAGGCAGCGCUACCCUCCGAGGGUUCCGAAUCUCAUCGGCGGUAGAUUUGUUGAUUCACUAUCAAAAAUAUCAAUUGACGUUAUAAACCCUGCAACACAGCAAGUUGUUUCUCAAGUUCCUUUAACUACCAAUGAAGAAUUCAGAGCUGCAUUAUUUGCAGCAAAACGGGCUUUUCUGUCGUGGCGAAGCACACCAGUUACCACUCGUCAGCGUAUCAUGUUUAAGUUUCAAGAACUUAUUCGGAGAGACAUUGAUAAACUUGCGUUAAGUAUUACUUCAGAACAGGGUAAGACGUUGAAGGAUGCAUAUGGUGAUGUAUUUCGCGGGCUUGAGGUCGUGGAACAUGCUUGUGGACUGGCAACUCUGCAAAUGGGGGAGUUUGUUUCAGAUGUAUCUAAUGGAAUUGAUACCUACAGCAUUAGAGAGCCACUUGGUGUUUGUGCCGGGAUUUGUCCUUUCAACUUUCCAGCAAUGAUUCCAUUAUGUAUGUUCCCAAUUGCAGUUACAUGUGGUAAUACUUUUAUCCUAAAGCCAUCAGAGAAAGAUCCAGGGGCUUCCAUAAUACUCGCAGAAUUAGCAUCGGAGGCUGGUUUGCCUAAUGGUGUCCUUAAUAUUGUCCAUGGCACCAACGACAUUGUCAAUGCUAUCUGUGAUGAUGAUAGUAUUAAAGCUAUAUCAUUUGUUGGUUCAGAUACAGUUGGCAUGCAUAUAUAUGCCAGAGCAUCAGCUAAUGGUAAACGUGUUCAGUCCAAUAUGGGAGCCAAAAAUUUUGCAAUUGUCUUGCCUGAUGCAAGCAUGGAUGCUACUUUAAAUGCUCUAGUUGCCGCGGGUUUUGGUGCUGGAGGGCAAAGGUGUAUGCCAAUCAGCACAGUUGUCUUUGUUGGAGCCCCAAAGUCAUGGGAAGAUAAACUAGUGGAGCGUGCCAAAGCACUUAAAGUAGAUGCUGGAACUGAACCUGGUGCAGACCUUGGUCCGGUGAUAAGCAAACAGGAAAAGGAACGGAUAUGCAAGUUGAUCCAGCGUAGUGUUGAUAGUGGUGCUAGACUAGUGCUUGAUGGCAGAAGCAUUGUGGUACCAAGAUAUGAACUGGGCAACUUUGUUGGUCCCACCAUCUUGUCUGACGUUUCAGAUGAUAUGGAGGGUUAUAAGGAGGAAUUUUUUGGCCCAGUUCUUCUUUGCAUGCAGGCUGACAGCUUAGAUGAGGCCAUAAACAUCGUCAAUAGAAAUAAAUGUGGCAGUGGAGCUUCUAUAUUUACAACAUCUGGUGCAGCCGCAAGGAAAUUCCAAACUGAGAUUGAGUCUGGGCAGGUCGGCAUAAACGUUCCUAUUCCAACCCCGCUGCCCUUUUUCUCUUUUACUGGCUCCAGGGCAUCUUUUGGAGGAGAUCUCAGUUUCUAUGGCAAAGCUGGAUUUCAUUUUUACACCCAGACCAAAACAGUGACUCAACAAUGGAAGGAUUUUCAAUGUAAUGAUGGAAUGUCUCUGGGGACUCAACAAUGGCGGGAUUUCCCAAUUAGCGACGGAGUAUCACUUGGGGCUCAACAAUGGAGGGAUGAUUUUCCAAGUGACGGAGUUUCCCCGGCACUGCUGACCUCUGAUGGGUCACAAUACACCCAAAAUGACUGACCUUUUCUUUUUCUGGAACUGGAGCAUGUAUUGUGAACUCUUUCUAAGUAAUGUAAAGGUUCUUCCCAUUCCAUUCCA